UCUGUACAACAUUCUAGAAACCUCUUCUUAUCAGCUCCCAUCCCUGCUAUAAAAACCCCUCCUGUAAUUAGAAAGCUCUAGGGCUUUUUGUAGGGUUUUUGACAUCUCUUUCAGUCGCCCAAUUCAAUCUCCUUCGCAUUUCCGGUCUCAUUUCAGGAUUUCCAUGGCUACUGUUCAGUUAUCCGGCGCUUCUGCAACCAGGAGCUUGCCACCUUUUGAGGGGCUCCGUCCUUCCAUGGUUAGGGUUUCUUCGGUCGGGCCUUGCAGUGUAGGGCUUAAGCAGAGGCGUUUCCAAGGGCUUGUUGUUAGGGCCGCAACCGUUGUUGCUCCAAAGUAUACUUCAAUUAAGCCCUUGGGUGAUAGAGUGCUUGUUAAGAUUAAGACUGUUGAGGAGAAAACAGUAGGUGGCAUUUUGCUUCCUACAACUGCUCAGACUAAACCCCAAGGGGGCGAGGUUGUCGCUGUUGGAGAAGGUAGGACGAUUGGCAAGAACAAGGUGGACAUCAAUGUUCAGACUGGAACCCAGGUUGUGUACUCCAAGUAUGCAGGCACGGAGUUGGAAUUCAAUGGUUCAAACCAUCUUAUAUUGAAGGAGGAUGACAUUGUUGGUAUUCUCGAGACUGAUGAUGUCAAGGAUCUCAAGCCUCUGAAUGACCGUGUUUUGAUCAAGGUUGCCGAAGUUGAGGAGAAGACUGCUGGUGGUUUGCUGUUGACGGAAGCAGCCAAGGAGAAGCCAUCCAUUGGGACGGUUGUUGCUGUGGGUCCUGGUCCUUUGGAUGAGGAAGGCAGCAGGAAACCGCUGCCUGUUGCCCCCGGGAACACCGUCCUGUACUCCAAGUAUGCUGGCAAUGAUUUCAAGGGCGCCGAUGGUUCCGACUACAUUGCAUUGAGAGCAGCCGAUGUGAUGGCCAUCCUCUCAUAAGUGGACACCACCUACGUUACAUCACAUCACGUGGGAGUAUAGAUUCAACAACGGGAGAGAUUUUAGAGGUGUUGGGAUAUUAUGAUUUGUGAUGUGAUGGGCGCAUGCUAUUCACUGGCACGUUUUUGUUGUAGUAGUCUGAUUGUUGAAGGAUUUUUCAUUCCGUUUAUUAGGUCCGUUGGGUCGCAAAUCUUCAAGUGUAUUUUCAUAAUUGCCAAAUCCAAAACAAGGUAAAAAGGCAGUGUGGCAAGAUGUUCAAUGUGAAACACAGGUUGGGAGGGGGUGUUGAUUCCCUUGA